AUGUCCUCCCAAGACGACCCAGCAGCCGCCUGCCCCGUCGACCACAAAACACGAGAAGCAUGGCUCGCCCAAGCCCGCGCAAACGGCACGCCGCCCGCAAACCCACAUACUAGCACGCCUUCACCACCACCCGCGCCCACCCAGGCGCAAUCCUCCAGCGCCGUCCAAACAUCCUGCGACUCCUCCGCUCUCGACCAAUCCACCUCCUCUCCCGCCCCAACCUCCACAUCCAUACUCUCGCAACUCAAACUCGCCACCGACCGCGAAGUCAGCACAAUACCACGGGCCCUCCCGUCUGCUGCCUCUGCCCCAGCCCGCCCCGCCAACAACGAGCGCGACACAGCCCCCGACAAGAAGACCGGAAACUGGAUCUACCCGUCCGAGCAAAUGUUCUUCGACGCCAUGCGCCGCAAGUCCUUUGACCCCGAAGCCAGCGACAUGCGCACCAUCGUGCCCAUCCACAACGCCGUCAACGAGCGCGCAUGGUACGAGAUCAAGAAGUGGGAAGCCGGUCGGUCGGACACAUGCGGCGGCCCCAAACUCGCGAGUUUCUCGGGCUUGUCGACGAGUCUGACGCCGAGGGCACGGUGGCGCAGUCUGAUGGGCUAUCAGACGCCGUUUGAUCGGCAUGAUUGGGUGGUGGAUCGGUGCGGCGAGAAGAUUGAGUAUGUUAUUGAUUUCUACGCGGGUGGCGGGAGUGGGGCGAAGAAGGGCGAGGGACUGAAUUUCUAUCUGGAUGUGAGGCCGAAGCUGAACAGUUGGGAGGGAUGGAAGAUGAGAGUUGCGAGGUAUUGGGGAUUCUAGAGUGGAGGAGAAAGGGCAUGUGUAUGAUAGGGAUGUACGAUGUGACGAAGCAAUUGUAGUAUAUAUGCAUCACAUAGAGGCGUUAUCAAUUGGGUGCUUGAACACGUUAGAGGUAAA